GCUUGCUGCGGCGAACCUCCCGGAAGCGGCUGUGGCGGAGGCUGCGCAGGAGGCAUGCGCGGGAGAGUAGCUGCGAGGGCGCUGGCGGAGACGGGCGGGUCGGGGCAGGUGUUGCACUUCUGCCUGUAACGACCAGGACUUACUUUCUGCUUGCUCUGAACUGAAGGAGAAAAUCUGUUCCGGGUGAGCCCAGGCCGUCCCCAAAAUGCGAUGGCUGAGGAGCGGACACUAAGAACCAGACUGAGGUGGGGGUCAGGCAGGAAAUGCAACCACGAUUUUGGCGGUCUUCGUCCCAAAAUCGAAUCUCCAAAAUGUUGAAACCAGGCUCACUUACUAGGACUUUUCACCCUUGAGUGAAGGUUUCUGAGCGCUCUGCUCCAUGACACGGGUGGGAAACUGAGGCACAAGGCAGCGGCAUCAGUUGCGUGGGAAUCUCUUAUUACCUGUGUAUCUCAGCGCCUCUUCCCGCAGCUCACUUCAGAUCAGUCAGAAAUACCCUUCUGCAAAUGACCUGCCCUUCCCCUCCCUCGCUCUCGGAGGCUUUUUUUUUUCCAAAUCUCAUUGACGUUCACUCACACACUAUCUCAGUCAUGAUUUCACACUCGCACACACAACUCUGUCCUCGAAAUCUCCUUGUUUACACUACUUUCCUACUUUAUCUUUGGCCACGGGAGACUGAAUGGUGUUGUUUUGGAAAUGUGUACACAGAAAAGAGAAAUCUGUAAUUCUUUAGAAGUAGGAAGGCCUUCUUCACCAAAAUGAAUACAUUGUGCUCAGUUAUCAAGUUUGAAAAUCUCCAAGAAUUAAAGCGACUGUGUCACUGGGGUCCCAUCAUAGCCCUUGGUGUUAUAGCAAUAUGUUCUACGAUGGCCAUGAUUGACUCUGUGCUGUGGUACUGGCCCUUACAUACGACUGGAGGAAGCGUGAACUUCAUCAUGUUGAUAAACUGGACCGUUAUGAUUCUUUAUAAUUACUUCAAUGCCAUGUUCGUUGGUCCUGGCUUUGUCCCUCUGGGGUGGAAACCGGAAAAUUCUCAGGAUAGCAUGUAUCUCCAGUAUUGUAAAGUCUGCCAAGCAUACAAGGCACCACGUUCCCAUCACUGCAGAAAAUGUAACAGAUGUGUGAUGAAGAUGGACCAUCACUGUCCUUGGAUCAACAACUGUUGUGGUUACCAAAAUCAUGCUUCGUUCACACUGUUUCUCCUUUUAGCACCGCUGGGUUGUGUCCAUGCUGCUUUCAUUUUUGUUAUGACCAUGUACACACAGCUUUAUAAUCGGCUCUCUUUUGGGUGGAACACAGUGAAGAUUGAUAUGAGCGCAGCCCGGAGAGAUCCCCUUCCGAUUGUUCCCUUUGGAUUAGCUGCAUUUGCUGCCACAUUGUUUGCCUUGGGAUUAGCUUUAGGAACGACUAUAGCCGUUGGGAUGUUGUUUUUUAUCCAAAUGAAAAUAAUUCUCAGAAAUAAAACUUCUAUUGAAUCUUGGAUUGAAGAGAAGGCUAAAGAUCGAAUUCAAUAUUACCAACUUGAUGAAGUCUUUGUUUUCCCUUAUGAUAUGGGAAGUAGAUGGAAGAACUUCAAACAGGUAUUUACAUGGUCAGGGGUUCCUGAAGGAGAUGGAUUGGAGUGGCCAGUUAGAGAAGGCUGUCACCAGUACAGUUUAACAAUAGAACAGUUGAAACAAAAAGCAGAUAAAAGAGUCCGAAGUGUUCGCUAUAAAGUAAUAGAAGAUUACAAUGGUGCCUGCUGUCCUCUGAAUAGAGGAAUCAAAACCUUCUUCACGAGCCCCUGCACUGAAGAACCACGAAUACGAAUACAAAAGGGGGAGUUCAUUUUAGCCACAAGAGGGUUACGAUACUGGUUAUACGGAGACAAAAUUCUUGACGAUUCCUUUGUAGAAGGUGUGUCAAGAAUAAGAGGAUGGUUCCCUAGAAACUGUGUGGAAAAAUGUCCCUGUGAUACUGAAACAGAUCCAACCCCAGAAGGCGAGAAGAAAAACAGAUAGCCACUGUUCAAGUGAAAUUAUUCUUUAAUUCUGCUUCAUUACUUGAAAAUUGUCCAUAUCACUAAAGAAUUAUGCAACAAGCCUACUCUGGUUAACAUGUUCUUUUCCUCAAAGGUGCCCUAGUGCCAUGAUUUAAAUAUUUUUAUUACCAUUUUGGAAUGGAAAAGCCAUUCUGUGUAAGCCUUUGAAUUCCUACCCCUUUUUAUCACCUCUUCUUCCCCUCACAAUGAAAAAUGUUUCACCUAAGUAGCUAAUUGUGUUUCUUCUAAAUUUUUCUUCAUGCACUGCAUACUAUGGACUUCACCUGCAGAUAUAGUUCCCCCUUUGCCAGGAGCAUCUGCAUGUGAUACUUUUUGUUUCCUUCUCAGUUGAUAUUCUUAAAUGUUCUAGAUACUGUAAGAACUUGUCAGAUUCAGUAUAAGCUCAAAUUUUGUUACUUGUCUUUUAAUAAUGCAGAUUUU